CUGGACCCAAACACAGUAAACAGAAACCUCUCUCUGUCUGAGGGGAACAGAAAGGUGACAUGUAGGAGAGAGAAGCAGCCGUAUCCUGAUCACCCAGAGAGAUUUGAGGACUGUGGACAGGUGCUGUGUAGAGAGGGUCUGACUGGGCGCUGUUACUGGGAGGUAGAGUGGAGUGGGAGAGGGGCUGUUAUAGGAGUGACAUAUAAAGGAAUCAACAGGAGAGGAGGGGUUAAGGACUGUUGGCUUGGAUGGAAUGACAAGUCCUGGAGUCUGAUCUGCUCUGACGACAGUUACUCUGCCAGGCACAAUAAUAAUCCCACUACUAUAGACAUCCCUCCCUCCAGAUCCCACAGAGUAGGAGUGUAUCUGGACUGGCCAGCCGGCACUCUGUCCUUCUAUAGAGCCUCCUCUGACACACUGACCCACCUGAUCACAUUCACCUCCACAUUCACUGAGCCCCUCUAUCCAGGGUUUGGGGUUUGGGGUGAUGGCGACUCAGUGUCCCUCUGUCAGUGAUACACACACACACACUGGACACACACACACACACUGGACACACACACACACACUGGACACACAUACACACACAACAUUACACACUGGACACACAC